AGCAACAUGGAAAGCAAACAUGUUACAAUAUAGGCAUUUAUUGUAAAGGGAUUUAUCAUUUACUUGAUAACAUUAUCUUGGUCUGUCCUUACUCAUUUCCAAACCGGACAUCGCGUUUGGUUCCUGUCCUACUAGGAAAUGUGAGGCCCCAUAGGGAGUUAUUGUCUUCAAUUGGCUUUCACCAAACAAACUGUACAGCUCUUGAAGAACUCGGUACUCGACUAGCUCACACUGACUGAGAGAUUUUUAAUAUGGUUGCGAUGUCGCCAGCAUCAACACUUUUCACUUCAGCGUCUAAUUUUUCGUCGAACGCAACGACGAGCACUCCGUCGGCUGCCCCAUUUGAAGUCAAUCCCAGUUUGGGACUUGUUGUGGAGGUCGUGAUUAUACUCCUGAUCUGUGGACAUUUUCUUAUCAUCACAACACUCGGUCUAUACAAACCGUGGAAUAUCGCCGACUUGCUGUUAUUUUCGCUCUCGGUGGCCGAUGCCGUAAACGCGGCGAUCCCACUUCAGAUGUUAAACUUAUUGAAUAACUUUAUCGGACCGCAUUUAUGGACUCGAGCGUCCUGCGCCGUGUUUGUUAUAUUGACCUACACAUUCCGUAUUGCCUCUGUGUGCACAAUAACUCUGAUAUCAGGCGAUCGAGCGAUUCUGUUGACGCGCCCACUACAGCAUCAUAUCAUUGUUACAACAGGGCGGGCGAGGCUGGCUGUCGUCGCGAUUUGGCUGUUUUCUAUUUUCAUGUCGAUAUUGCCUUUUAUUGGGGUUGGAAAACCAGGCUAUCGGGACGGCUUCUGCUUUUAUCAAUUGUUUGAUUUUGGAGUGGCGUAUGGCUAUAUCAUCGAAAGUAUUGGUAUCCUCCAGCUAAUUAUUGUAUUGGUCUGCUUCAUUGCAAUCAAGUUAUCAAGCUGGAAGUUUGUGAAGCGCCAGUCAACGAUGGCAGCCGCUAGACAAACUGGCGGGAAAAGUCAGCAAGCGCGGGAAACGGCUGGCACACGGCAAGUGAAGCAGAUGUCAACCAUGACGGCGAUCGUGGUGAUGCUGUACUACAUCAGUUGGUUGCCUUAUUUGUUAAUUAACCUUUACAGUAUGGUGACUGGACAAAUCAACCAUUCACUGGUGAUCAUCAUUGGUUUCUUCUCGCUUGUGAACGCUCUCAUCAACCCGAUCUUGUAUGGAAAAAUGAGCCUGAGAUACCGCCAAGGAUAUGUGUACAUCUUCAAGAAAAUCUUGUCUCUGUGCGGGGCACAAAAACCCGAUGGUUCAUUUUUUGGUAAGGUUGUUAACCUACUUAGAGCUUGUAAUCACAGCCGCCAUAUUGAUCUUCCAAAACAAUGAAACGGCGGCCAUGUCAGUGUACCAAACCAAUCUCGUGGGAGUUGAACUCUUUUCCUGUGUAAACAAUUUCUUUUGUUCCAAUACAUUUGCACGGCUGCUAAUAACGUGAGUGAAAACUUUCUAUAAGUCUUUCACUAUCAAAGCCAAAGACAAUACAUUGACCAUUUAAGUCGAAAAACAAACAACAUCAAAUAAAAGUGCAUCUAACCCUAAAUCUAAACCCAGUAGCUUUCAUUUGAAUGGUCACACACUAGGGUUUCAUCCGUGGACGAAAAUUCAGAACCAACCUGCAGAGCGUAGUAAAAGCGUUGAAAUAUUUGCAUGAUAACCUAAAAGGAAGUUUCUUGGAUUAUUUUGUUGCCGUUUGUUUGUUUUUCAUGCAAAGCUCUUCUACAUAAAAGCGUUAAGAAAAUGCUGGGGUGUGAAGGGUAAGAGCUAAUUUCCCAUAUAGGCCACAUUCUCAUCCACCUCAGGUUAUUUUUAGAUAUGGCUUCCAGUUUUCUCAUAGAUUUUUACUAUGCGCGUUGUGUAAAUGUUUUCGUUCUAGAUUCCUGGAAUUUCUGAAGCCGAG